AUAUAUCUAACCUAAUGGUGUACAAUAAACCCCACAUGUAUGAUUCUUGAUAAUUUCUUAUUAUUUCAUUGCUUCUCCUAAGUCUUUACUUGUUUCACUCGAAACACCUUAGAGAUAUUAGCCUAGAACCCUAUCACACCAUAAUCAAGAAUCAUGCUUUAUAUAAUGAAAUAUUCCCACAUGUAUUGUCUUAGCUAAUGUUUGUUCUCCCAUUACUUCACAAAGACAUUCCUUUGGUUUCACUCAAAGAACACAACCUUAGAUUUUAGUCUCAAAAUAAUUUCAUACCACUAGUCAAACUACUGAACUCAAUCACUUGCUCUUGUUACUCUUCAGUUUCUGUUGACGUUUGUUCUGCUUACCUUAACUUGUGUCAGCCAAAAUUCCAAGAAAAUGUCUCAGUUGGAACCACAACAACCAGUUCAAGUUUACCCUAAUAAUCCAAACAAUUUCCCAAAUCAGGCAAACAAUAUCCCAACUCAAUCUUCUUCUUCUUCUUCUUCUUCUUCUUCUUCUUCUUCUUCUCAGUCAAAUGGUUCAUUUGUCAGUGUUUUCGUUGUCCUGGCUAUAGUUUUGGUCGUAUCUCUCAUUGCUUGUGUCGUUGGACGUCUCUGCAGCAAGAAAAGCCAUGGUCCUAAGGUGAAGAAAAGCAAUGGUCACCCACAAAAACAAAAAGAGGGUAAGCAAAAGCAUAAUGAGUUUCAUCAAAGAGGUCAAGGGGAUAUAGAAUUUGGAUUUGAUAAGAGAAUUGCAAGUUCUAAAGUUGCUGCAGCACAUGGAGAUCAUUAUAAGGGGUCUAAACCUUUUAAGAAUAUUGGAGGUAAAGGAGGAGUUAGAUUUGCUGAUGAUCAUAUUGAUUUCAGGCCUGGUCAUUGAAAAUUAGUAGAAAAAAUGUUCAUAGAAAAACUCCCUCUAUGCACCAAUCACUUAGUAGCUUAUAAAAUUUUCUAUUACAUGGAAGGGUAAGGUAAAGGGACAUGUGUGUUCUGUUGGUGUUUUUCUUUUUGGUUAAUUGUAGCUUUUGUUUUAUAUUUAUGCCUAUGCAACAAGUUUGUUGUGCUUGGGAUUGUCAAAAGUGUAGUAUUUUCAGUUUUUCAUCAAUUGGAAAAUAUGGUUAAUGGGGGUCAAGAAAAGCCAGAUUUGUUGCUUUUCCUUCAUUUCGUUUGUGAA